AUGACGCAAGAUCUCGUGCAUUUAUCCCUUCACUUCGACGGUUGCCGAAUUCAGGGUCGAGCGCUUGACACGGCUUCAAUGUGUCAAGAGUCUUCGGAGUGGAUUGCCAAAGAGACUGGGUUUCAGGUGGUUGUGAAGCAGAAGAAGCACCUGCUUCUCGCGGAGCUGUUGGGAAGGGAUGGGCGUGUUUGCGAUACUCUGUCACUUUCUUCCAGCUUCGACUACUCUGCAAAUGGCAUUCUUACAUGCCUGGCCUACAUUGCAGACCUCUGGUCACCAUUGGACGCAUGGCUACAGGAACAUAAGGCAAACAUUGAAGGAGGUCAAACACAUCGUUCAUAUAAAGAAUGUUUCAAAGCUGCAGAUGUUGCCUUCUCAGUAGACAUUGGUUUCUGUGCUGAGAAGACGGGGAAGUACCUACUCCAUUGUGAGCACAAUGGAUCUCCGCUCGUCCUUGGAUGUGUAAUGGCCGAAGAAACUUGCAAAGUGUUAGUCCGGGACACAGUAUAUGCGCUAUCAGCAGAUGCUUUCAAGGCAUGUGCUGAGGAGUCAAUUGAUUAUGCCUCCCUAGUGACAUUUCGCAUGCUGAAAGCAGGCGAAAAACCCCGGCAAGAAUCUGAAGUUCUUCUGGAACUGCAGGCCGGCUUCGAUCUAUCUGGCGGUGCUGAGUUGGAGAUGUUGUGUGAGUGCGAAGGAUUGCUGGAGAAUUCUGAUGAUGAAGGCAUGGCCGGAUCACAUGUUGAUGAAUCAAUAGUGCAGGUGGGCGAAGAGUUGCUGGCGUUGCUCGCAGAAGAAAGAGGUGAAGUCCUAGAUAGCACUGAGACUGUGCAUGAAGGCAGUAUGCACCGUUGUCCGUUCUGUCCGUUCCGGCAAUUCCCUCGACCUUCUCGUGUGAUGGAGCAUGUGCAAAAGUAUCAUACAACGAAACGACAAUUCUGUUGCAGUGGCACCAAGCAAGUCAGAGUCAUUCAGGCUUUGUUUGACGAUGACCAGCUCCGCAAUAUACAGCCAAGUGCUCGCUACCUCCGCAGGAGCGCCGCCGUGUUGCGAACAUCAAUUGGGAAUGAGGAUGGAAGCAUCAAUCACCUUGAUCGUCGAUUACGCUUGGUCUUGACGGAGAAGGGCCCCGUGUACAAAAGCUUGCAACACGUUGCUGAGAACGAAACAGUGUACCGUCGAGCCAAGAACUUGUAUUACACGCAUGGAUUUGCAGAUAUGCUUUUCCAAGAGAUGAUGGUUAGCAAUGCAAAAAUGAAGCAAGCAUCUCGACUGAAGCUUGUAGACAUGUAUCCCUUGGAUGCACUCUUUGUUGCGGCUAGCCGGUUGGCUUUGAGACUCGCAGCAAGUGGCAGCAAGCUCACGGGCCUCUUGCCUCAGCAUGUUCGACACUGGUGGCCGCUCGUGGAGGACAUCUUCUACUCCGACGCCGUGAACCAGCUGUUCGCCCAAUCUAUGGCAGAAGCGGUUCACCAUACGGAAUUUGAAUCCGUCAGUGUGGAUGCAACCCUGAAGUGUUGCCUCUCCAUUCUCGGCCAGAGUUCCUACAGAGCAGGGCCGCAGGAACGAGCCAGCGCUGCUUUCACGGGGAAAGAUUGCUUUCGCAAGGUUCUGACAGUCCGUGGGCGAACCGGCUGUGUACUGCUCAUGGCUCCAACGCCAAAUGAGGAGGCACCCGCCAUUGCCGAGCGCAUUGCUGAGUCGUUGCCUGAAGAUGGACUCCGGCAAACACGGAUUGUGUGCACGGAUGAUCCUUCUGCGCAUUUGUUGUCGACAUUGCGCAAUGUCAUGCCAAAGCUGGAGCCUUUCAACGGCAUUCAGGAUGUUUCGUUCGAUCACAUCACCAAGACACGUCGAGAACAGAUUCUGAGUGGAGGAAUGGGAAAGGCCAAAGCAGAAUCUCUCCUUGACAGCCUGGAUGCUGCGAAGCCUUGGCAAUGCGAACGGGAUUGCGUUGAGGCCAUGGCAGCAUUUGUCCGAUGUUUUCCGGACGAUGUAGACAAAAUCAUUCCCGGUCCGAACCGGUCUGGACGGCAAGUGCUGUACACUGCCUGCGCGCCUGCGAGGAUGCAAUGGUAUUUCAACAACAUCCGGGCGCGCCAUAGUAUGCGGCCAGAUCGAGUUGUAUUACUUCCUGCUGGUACCACUUCCAACGAGGCACUGCAUGCUGAAGUACGAGCUUGGUUCCGAGAGACGCAGCAGAUGCAUAAGAGCACAUUGGAAAUCAAACUGCGGGUGCUUCACCUGUCCAAACUGAUGACCCACCAUGCGGGCAUGUACAGACCAACUUUGCGGCAAAUUCCGUCGGGCCUGGUGCUGGCUAGAUCUGUUGUCUCUUCUGCCUGGAAUCGACGAAAGCCCUGGAGCAAAUUUGCCGGACAGAGUGGCAAGGCUCAUUUGCCUCUCAAUGAGAGACGGCAGCAAGAAGCAUCAUUAGUCAAGGCGCAUGCUUCCAAAAAACCGGCUGCCAAUAUCAAAAGACCAGCGGCCAUGAGGCAUUGCGCAAAAAAGCCAGCCACGCACGUCCUCCCGCAGAAAGUGCGCAGGACUCCCUUUAACAGAGUAAGAGUGUCCACUUGCCGUAUCAUGGGCAAAAAAAGGCAAGGAGGUUUGAAAGCCUAG